AUGACGCGCCGCAACCAAAGCACAAGAGGAGUUCGCGGCGGCAAUCGAUUCGGUGGAAAUCGCCAAACGAGUGGCAAUUCACAGAAUGCAAAAAAGAAAGGAAAACGAUCGCCCAAGUAUCAUCCGAGCGACCCAGAUUUUCCUUAUGCCGAUGUAACACGGAGCCUCAUCGAACGAAUUGGAAUGGAGGGAUUGGAGUAUCCUCAGAUUAUGAUAUCUUCCAUUAAAGAAUUGAAUGAGCCAGACUGGGAUGGUUUGAAACCCAAAUUGGAUUUAAGUGGUCAAGAAGACAAAAUUGAGAGAGAGGCAAAGAAGGAAGAAUUGAAAACGGAGAGUGUCGAAUAUCAUCGACAAAAGCGAUACUGGAGCAAAGCGAAGUGGCAUGUGCAUUCGCUGAUUAUGGAGUCAUUUGUUACCAGUAAAAUUAAGGACAAGAUUCUACAGGAGGUCGAUUACAAUGAGAAAUCAAGGGUGAUCCUAUUGAAUUAUUGA